CAAACCUCAUUGCAAGUAGUCUGCUGCUGGUAAGCGACGAAUCUGUUCAUCAUGGUAGCCGAAAAGCAGUCCGGGGAGAUCCAGCCCCAUAUUGAGAGCACCGAUGCUGGUCUUGAUCAUCUCAAGAAUGUAGACCUUCACGAUAAAGCCCUCGCCAAUGAGGCUCUUGAAGCCACGGCCGACGAGCAUAGCUAUACCGUUUGGCAGGGUUUCAAGACUUACAAGCGAGCUGCUUUUUGGUCCAUCCUCAUCUCGACUACUGUCAUCAUGGAGGGCUACGAUGUUACCCUCCUUGGUUCCUUCUACGGCUACCCGCGAUUCAGAGAGAAGUACGGCGAAUAUCUCGAUAAAGCGAAUGGACAUCAGAUCUCAGCCAAUUGGCAGCAGCGCUUCAACUGUCUCGGUGCCCUCGCCAACAUUAUUGGCGCUCUUCUAAACGGUUGGGCUACUUCGCGAUGGGGACACCGCAAGGUUCUCAUCAGUGGCCUCUUCUGGCUCUCUGCCUUCAUCUUUGUCGUCUUCUUCGCCCCCAACAUCGAGGUCCUCCUCGUCGGUCAAUUCCUCUGCAACAUUCCCUGGGGAAUCUUCGCUACAACUGGUCCCGCCUACGCUGCUGAGGUCACUCCUCUUGCUAUUCGAGGAUAUCUCACUGCCUAUGUCAACCUGUGCUGGUGCAUUGGACAGUUCAUCUCAGCUGGUGUACUCAAAGGUCUAGUUGACAACCCUACCCCGUGGAGCUACCGAAUUCCCUUUGCGAUCCAAUGGGUAUGGCCUAUUCCUCUCGCCAUCGCAGCGUAUAUGGCCCCCGAGUCACCCUGGCAUCUUGUCCGAACGAACCAGCUCGAGAAAGCCAAGGUAUCCCUCGAGCGACUAUCCGAACCGGAGCACAACAUCAACUACGAGAAUGCCGUUGCUCUUAUGGUCCACACAAACAAGCUUGAGAUUGAGGAGCGUUCUGGUACUUCUUACUGGGACUGUUUCCGAGGUAGUAACCUUCGACGAACCGAGAUCGCUUGCAUGGGUUUCCUCUCUCAGAUCACCAACGGCGGUGCCCUUUGCUACAGUGGAUCCUUCUUCUUCCAACAGACUGGUAUUGGUCCCUCUGCCUCUUACGGUAUUGCUCUUGGUGGAACUGGCAUCGCCUUCAUUGGUACCAUCAUCUCGUGGUUCUACAUCUACAAGUUCGGUCGACGAACGAUCUGGCUCUCUGGCUUCUCAUUCCUUGUCGUAAUUCUCUGGCUUAUCGGCUUCCUGGCGUUGCCCAAGCAGACUCAGUCCUUAGCUUGGGCGCAAUCAAUCCUCUGCGUUGUGUGGUUGGGAGCAUACUCCAUGUCUGUCGGUCCUAUCAUCUACACCCUCGUUGCUGAGGUGGGUUCGACUCGUCUGCGUACACAGACAAUUGUGUUGGCUCGUUCAACGUAUUACGUUGGUAACAUCAUUUGCGGAGGUCUCAUCCAGCCCGAGAUGUUGGCUCCAGGAUCAUGGAACCUCAAGGGCAAGACUGCCUUCUUCUGGGCAGGUCUUGCCACUCUCACUCUGACUUGGGGCUAUUUCCGUAUGUUCGAAACAAAGGACCGUACCUUUGGUGAGAUGGACUACAUGUUCCAGAAGGGUAUCCCGGCACGCAAGUCUGCCAAGUACCAGAUUAAUGAGGAUGAGGUCUUUAUGGCUCACGAGAAGCCUGAAGCUGAGAAGCACUAGAUUGAGUGCUGAGUUUGCAGUCGGGAGGCCUCAUGUGACGUGACGAUCUGUGAAUGGAGCCAUGUCAUGACUUAGCGAUACCUUUUGCUUGAUCAACAAUAUUAUUUAUUGUUCUUGAUGAUGAUAACCCUUCGAUAGGCUCGGCUGAAACUAUGCUGGAUUAAGGCCCAACCGAAGUCAUGGCGGAAUGUCUUGGUGAGACAUUAGAUCCAGGAUCAGCGCCUAAUCUUAACAACCCGUGAUAAGAUGGUGAAUGUUAGGGCAGCAUAUCGAUCAGCAUAAACAGAGCAAAGAUAUAUAUCUGUUAGGUAUGCUAGUAUCCG